AUGGGUCAGUUGAAUCACGUAAAUGCCUUCGAUGAAUGCGAAGCAUAUUUCUGCGGUCAUGUACCACUACAGUUAAAACAAGCUGCAAGAAAUUGGAAAAAACGUGAACAGAAUCCGAAAAACAGGGAAGGGGAUAUAUUAAUUCAGCUUACCAAAGAAACUGGAACUUUAACCAAGGACUUCUGCACUGAAAUGAGGAACACAUUUCAGGAUUAUGCUAGUGUAAAAUCCUUAACACAACACACUCUAAUAGAAUGUAUGGACUUGGACGAGGUAACGUCCAACGAAAAGGUUUGUGCGGCGAUUGCUGAUCAAUUUCCAGCAAUGAAAAUAAGCAAUAUUAACGUCAAGUUUUGGCGUUCCGCAAGGGACGACACACGACCAGCGAUUAUUGAAAUCCCUACUAAGAAUGGCAGUGUACUGAUCAUAGCUGCCUUAGUCAGAGUAGACUGGGUGCGCAGUAGGAUCAGAAAGCAUGUUGCACCCAUGUGGUGCUUUAAAUGCCUCCAAUUUGGACAUUCUGCUAGACAGUGCAAAAGCGAUAAUAAUCGAUCAAGCACAUGUAUGAGAUGUGAAGAAGAUGGGCAUAGGGCAAAAAAUGAGCUUGGCUGA